AUGUCAAGGGCUCUUCGUGAAAUUCCAAGUGCUCUGCAGCCUGGUUUCAUGUUUAUGGCUAUGCUAUUUGUAGAGCUAAUGAUAUUAUCAAUGGUUGUUAUUUCCUGUGCUUCUGAAACUAAGAAGAAGAAGAAGAGUGAGUUAAGACUCGGACAAGUGAGUGAAGGAGAGAAGAAGAAGAAGAGUAGUGAUGUUGGGCACAGAGAUGUUUGGUUUGCAGGAGCAGCUGGUGCUGCAGGUGGAGUUGUUGCCGCUACGGCCCUCACAGUAGCUGCUUCUGAGACAGAAAAGGAUAAACAAAAAAGUGAUGGUGGUGGUGGCGGCGGCAGCAAUGGUGGUGGUGGUGGUGUUGGUGCUGAUGGCGGUGGAGGUGGCGGUGGCGGCGACGGUGUUGAGUGUGUUUGCUGUUGCGGCGGUGGCGGCUGCGGUGACGGUGGCGGUGGCUGUGGCGGUGGCUGUGGCGGCGGCUGUGGUGGAGAUUAA